UCCGCUGAACUCGUAGCACGUCCUGGCAGCGGAUAGAUGGGAUCCUUCAGCAACCCGGCAAUCCGCCCCCAAACCUGCGCUGGCAGCCUGGCCUCCGCGAGCAGGGCAGAGACAGCGGGAAGAAUCUCUAGCCCUGAGUACGAGUCCCUCCCGGUAAAACCCGCAAGGAGCAGGACCUGUGCUGCGGCGCAAAGCCCUGGGGCGCCCGCCGGCAGCGCGGCCCCGCUCCGCCUCCGAGCCCCGCUCAGCCCCGGAGCUCCGCGCCGCCGGGGCCGGGGAGUGCGCCGGCGCCGGCCCGGGAAGCCGCUCCCUGCGGCCCCCCGCAUCCGGCGGCACUUUGUGCCCUUCGGGCUCCUGGUCCUCCUGUACUGGUCCCGGGGGGCGUCAGGCCGGGCGACAGAUGCUACUUCUCUUUUUUGUGAAUUCUCCGUCAAACCUCAGUCCAGUGCUGGACGACCAUGGUGUCAGGUUCGAGGCUACGUCGAAAGAAACCUAUUUCUUUCCUACAACUGUCAGAGCAAGGAGAUCACACUUGUUGGUCCUAUGAGGAUGAGGAUGAAUGAUACAGGGUUUAGGGAGACACAGAAAGAAACUCUGAACGACCUGAUGGAAGAGCUCCAAAAGAAAGUGCGUGACACCAAAGCAGAGAUUUACCCUAAGAAUGGUUCUCUCGACCUGCAUGGUGAGAUGAAGUGUGUUCGUGGGGCCAGCAGAUACACCAGUGCAUCCUGGAAGUUUGCCUUCAAUGGGCAGGUAACCCACCUCUUUGACUCAGAGAAUGGAGUGUGGACAGUGCUUCAACCUGCAGGCCGACAGUUUCAGGGAACAUUGGACAGUGACAGAGAUGUGACCAACUUCCUCACGAAGGUCUCCAAUGGAGAUUGUAAGAGCUGGAUGGAAUACGUAAUGAACCACUGGGAUGAGAAGCUGGAGACAACAGUGCCACAAAGCAGGCCUCAAGACAUGGCCCGAUCCGGGGCCUCGGGCAGCACACCCAGCACCUGGAUUUUCCUCCUGUUCCUCUACUGUGCCAUCCUCCUUGGCAUCCAUGUCGGGGUCCUUUAAAGGGACAGGCUGGCGAAGCUACCAAGGAGCCCAGGAGAGUAGGGUCCAGCUGCGCAACCCUGCCUUUGUGCAGGCUGCCUUUGGAUGAGCUGCUGUUCAAUUUUAGACCACUAGAACUUGUGGGCUUACAUUCCAGAGACCUCGAACCAGACCACAUGGUGCAGCACUUGGACAUUUUGUGUCCCUUCCUACAUUCAGUGCCUCUCCUGUUCAGCACUCUGCCUUGGCAAAUUCCUGCCAUUUUUCUUGAUGCUAAGUUAUAGAAUCUUUGAAUGGAAAAUUUUUUUUAAAUUUUUUUAAAUUUAUUUAUGAUAGGCACACAGUGAGAGAGAGAGAGAGGCAGAGACACAGGCAGAGGGAGAAGCAGGCUCCAUGCACCGGGAGCCCGACGUGGGAUUCGAUCCCGGGUCUCCAGGAUCGCGCCCUGGGCCAAAGGCAGGCGCCAAACCGCUGCGCCACCCAGGGAUCCCAAAAUCCACAUUUUAUUGAACUAUUUUUCUUGUUCGAGGUUUUUUCUAGACCCUGAAUUUCUUCUGAAUCAACCACAAAUUUGGGAACAUUGCGAAUGAAGUCCACUCUUUGAUGAGAAAGUUCAGUUCCAACUGGGGAAAGUUACCUGAGUCCCAGCCUUUAUAGCCUAACAUUACACUUCACUUGGAAAAAUAAACCAAACAUUCAAGUGCCCAUCUUGGGUCAAAGGAAAAAUGUUAUGUUUUUAGAAAACUGGAGCUACAGAAUAUAAAAUGCCAUAAAGUCAGAAGGAGCUGCAUAAGGCAUUUUUGCUUCUUUUUCUCUGGGAACCUCCCCCCCCCCCACACACACACCCAUUCUUCCAUGCCCAAAGUUGAAGGCAGGUCAUACUAGAGGAUCUGCCAUAUUUUCUGGACAGAAAAACCACUUAAGCCACCUUUGUUCCUGUCUUCACAGCAUGGAAAACCAAGUCCCAAGUAUAUGUAAGAGUCCAAAAAAAGAAUGAAGUUAUUUGCAAUAUAGCAGCCUCUCUCAUCUGAAGAAGGUGAACAGGGUUCCAACUGGACUUGUAGCUAGCUGUUUUGUUUCCCUUUUCCAACCUUUCAAUAAACCCAAGCAUGCAUUCAUAGAGUUAGCAAAUGUACAAUGUGAUCCUUCCUUAGAAGAAUGAAAAAUCAUUUAAAAAUCUCCAGGGAUCCCUGG